AUGUUCACCCACCUCCUCGGCCACCCCAUCCGCUUCGCCCUGUCAACCCUCAAAAUGACUUGCCUCGCCCACCUCACCCUCACGCAGCUCGUCCAAAUAUCCCCUGCCCAAGGGCCCUCCAUGCUACCCACCUUCACAGUAGACGGGGACUGGAUCGCCGCGGACAUGCGUCACCGCCUGGGCCGCGGCAUAACCACAGGAGACCUGGUUCUCUACAAGAUCCCCAUCUUCGCGAGCCAGAACGGCGUCAAGAGGGUAGUCGGCAUGCCAGGCGACUACGUGUCGCUGGGUACACCUGGGGAGAAUGGGGAGGACCAGAUGAUACAGGUACUAUGA